AUGGAGGGAAAGGUGGAGUUUCACUCUGGCCUAAGUCUGGAUUAUUUAUGUAAACCUGAAGAUAACAUCUACAGUAUUGAUUUCACCCGCUUCAAAAUUCGAGAUUUGGAGACAGGGACGGUGCUUUUUGAGAUUGCCAAACCUUGUGUUUCAGACCAAGAGGAGGAGGAGGAGGAGGAGGAAGGUGGAGAUGUGGAUAUCAGCGCGGGACGUUUUGUCCGCUAUCAGUUCACACCGGCAUUUCUCCGCCUCCGCACAGUCGGAGCUACAGUGGAGUUCACAGUGGGAGACAAACCUGUGUCAAACUUCCGGAUGAUCGAGCGGCACUAUUUCCGGGAACGCUUGCUGAAAAACUUUGACUUUGAUUUCGGCUUCUGCAUCCCCAGCAGUAGAAACACUUGUGAACAUAUCUAUGAGUUUCCCCAGCUUUCUGAGGAUGUCAUUCGUCUGAUGAUUGAAAAUCCCUAUGAGACCCGUUCUGACAGCUUCUACUUUGUUGACAACAAGCUGAUAAUGCACAACAAGGCCGAUUAUGCCUAUAAUGGAGGCCAGUGA